AUGUCACUGCAUGGAACAAGAAGUGCUCUACACACACCAGUCAACACAACAUACAUUGAUCCACGAAAAGCGAAUGCAGAGGAUCAAGAGAACACGGGACUAGUGUAUGGUCCUCAUCCUCACUAUGCAAACUCCCUACACAGGUUUGCUGCAGAUCAGAACAUUCGGUCCGAGUUUGGACAUUUAAUGUAUGAUUCUUAA